AUGGCGGAUGCUGCCGAGUGCGGUGUUAGAGUAAUGUGCCGAUUCAGGCCAUUAAACGAAUCAGAAAUCACAAGAGGGGACAAAUACAUACCGAAAUUCAAGGAUGACGACACCGUGGUCAUAACGGGUAAACCAUAUGUUUUUGACCGGGUGCUGGCCCCCAACACCAGUCAAGGGCAAGUGUACGAUGACUGUGCCAAACAGAUUGUCAAAGAUGUCCUUGGAGGCUACAAUGGGACCAUCUUUGCCUAUGGGCAAACCUCCUCUGGGAAGACCCAUACCAUGGAGGGCAAGCUGCACGACCCUCAACUCAUGGGCAUCAUCCCCCGAAUUGCCCAAGACAUAUUCGACCACAUCUACUCCAUGGACGAGAACCUGGAGUUCCACAUCAAGGUCUCGUAUUUUGAAAUUUAUAUGGACAAAAUAAGGGAUCUACUAGAUGUGUCAAAGACAAACCUGGCAGUCCAUGAAGAUAAAAACAGAGUGCCCUAUGUCAAGGGUUGCACAGAACGGUUUGUGUCCAGUCCUGAAGAGGUGAUGGAUGUCAUUGAUGAGGGCAAAAAUAAUCGCCAUGUUGCCGUCACAAACAUGAAUGAACACAGCUCCAGAAGCCACAGCAUCUUCCUGAUAAACAUCAAGCAGGAGAACGUGGAGACAGAGAAGAAACUCUCUGGAAAACUCUAUCUGGUUGAUCUGGCCGGAAGCGAGAAGGUCAGUAAAACAGGAGCAGAGGGAGCUGUCCUGGACGAGGCUAAAAAUAUCAACAAGUCCCUGUCCGCCCUGGGAAACGUCAUCUCAGCACUGGCCGAGGGGACUAAAACCCACGUGCCGUACCGAGACAGCAAGAUGACGCGCAUCCUCCAGGACUCCCUGGGAGGCAACUGCAGAACCACCAUCAUCAUCUGCUGCUCCCCCUCCAUCUUCAACGAGUGUGAGACCAAGUCCACACUCAUGUUCGGACAAAGAGCCAAGACCAUCAAGAACACGGUGUGUGUGAACCUGGAGCUGACGGCGGAGGAGUGGAAGAAGAAGUACGAGAAGGAGAAGGAGAAGAACAAGAGCCUGAAGAGCAUCAUCACACGCCUGGAGACGGAGCUCAACCGCUGGAGGAACGGCGAGAACGUGCCUGAGAACGAGCAGCUGAGUUCCAAGGAGCAGAAGAACGUGGAGAUAUGUGACAACACCCCCAUCAUCGACAACCUGAUCACGCCGCCCGUCGUCACCCUGGUGUCCACCGAGGAGAAGAACAAGUACGAGGAGGACAUCCGCAACCUCUACAAGCAGCUGGAUGACAAGGAUGAUGAGAUUAACCAGCAGAGUCAGCUUACUGAGAAGCUGAAGGAACAGAUGCUGGAUCAGGAUGAGCUGCUGGCCUCCACGCGGCGUGACUACGAUAAGAUCCAGGAGGAGCUGGGUCGUCUGCAGGUGGAGAACGAGGCGGCGAAGGAGGAGGUGAAGGAGGUGCUGCAGGCCCUGGAGGAGCUGGCCGUCAACUACGACCAGAAGAGCCAGGAGGUGGAGGAGAGGACCAGAGCCAACGAGCAGCUCACUGAGGAGCUAGCACAGAAAACGGCGGUGUUGGGUGCGGUGCAAAAGGAGUUGGCCCAGCUGCAGGAGCUGAGUGGCCACCAGAGGAAGAGAGCUGCGGAGGUGCUGAACCUGCUGCUCCGCGACCUGAGCGAGAUUGGGGGCAUCAUCGGCACCAACGACAUCAAGCAAACAGCUGAGGCUAAUGGUGCACUGGAGGAGGAGUUCACCAUGGCUCGCCUCUACAUCAGCAAGAUGAAGUCGGAGGUGAAGUCCCUGGUGAACCGCAGCAAGCAGCUGGAGACCGCCCAGGCCGACACCAACCGCAAGAUGCAGGCCAAUGAGAAGGAACUGGCAUCAUGCCAGCUGCUCAUCGCACAGCACCAGGCAAAGAUCAAGUCCCUAACGGACUACAUGCAGAACAUGGAGCAUAAGAAGAGGCAGCUGGAGGAGAACCAGGACGUCCUGACUGAGGAGCUCGCCAAGCUGCAGGCACAGGAGAAGAUGCAUGAGAUGUCUGGGCUGGACAAUGAGAAGGACAUUGAGCGCCUGCAGGACACAGAGGACAUUAAGAAGUCCCUGGAGGAGCAGCUGGUGACCCACCGCGAAGGCCACCAGAAGCAGCUGAGCCGCCUCCGCGACGAGGUGGCCGACAAGCAGAAGAUGCUCGACGAACUCAAGGAUCUUAAUGACAGCUUGCUGCUGGAGCAGAAGAGGCUGAAGGCUGACUAUGAGAAGCUGAAGGUGGAAGAGCAGGAGAAAGACCAGAAACUGCACCAGCUCAUCCUGAUCAAUGAGAAGCAGGAGGUGGCCAGGCAGGACCUGAAGGGCCUGGAGGAGACUGUGGCCAAGGAGCUGCAGACCCUUCACAACCUGCGCAAGCUCUUUGUUCAGGACCUGACCAUGCGCGUGAAGAAGAGUGCUGAGAUGGACUGUGAGGAUGGCGUAGGCAGUGCUGCCCAGAAGCAGAAGAUCUCCUUCCUGGAGAACAACCUGGAGCAGCUCACCAAAGUCCACAAGCAGUUGGUGCGUGAUAACGCCGACCUGCGCUGUGAGCUGCCCAAGCUGGAGAAGCGUCUGCGUGCCACGGCGGAGCGCGUGAAGGCCCUGGAGAGCGCCCUGAAGGAGGCCAAGGAGAACGCCAUGCGCGACCGCAAGAGGUACCAGCUGGAGGUGGACCGCAUCAAGGAGGCCGUCAGGGCCAAGAACAUGGCACGCCGCGGACACUCCGCCACCAUUGCCAAACCCAUCCGGGCGGGCCACCACCACUCCUCCCCCACCCCCCUCUCCGUCAGAGGAGGAGGCACUGUAUACCACUACACACACAACAACUGAGUCCCACAGGAUAUUCCUGAUGCAAGCAUGCCCAGACCACCCCAUUCGUCUAACACUCUUGUCUACGCUGUGCUUUGACAAAUAACAAACACACACACACACACACACACACACACACACACACACACACACACACACACACACACACACACACACACACACACACACACACACACACACACACUGACACUGACUCUCUCUCACAGCCAUCUUCAUCCUUGUCAUCUGUGAGGACAUGCCCUCUG